AUGGCGGAAGCAGCGCUCUUCAGCCUUGCCACUGACAUACUGAAAAGCCUCGCCACCGAAAUUGCGAAGCCUGCAGGCUCCUUCUUUUUUCGGCAAAUCAAGUUGCUCCGUGGUGCCAAGGACGAGCUUCGAAGCCUUGAGGGCACCGUCCAGGCCAUCCGAGCUGUGCUUUUGGAUGCCGAGAAGCAGCAAUGGGACAAGCAUCAGGUCAAGCUCUGGCUCAAGAGGCUCAAGGACGUGCUGUACGACGUCCAGGACUUGCUCGACGAUGUCGCGACUGAAGAUCUGAGGCGGGAGGUCACUCCUGGAAACAAGAUGUCGAAAUCGGUACGCAUUUUCUUCUCUAAAUCGAAUCAGCUCGCACAGCGCCUCAAAGUGGCUAAUAAGAUUCAGGAACUUAGGAGGACACUGGAUGAGAUUGAAAACGAUAGUAAGUUAUUAAAAUUAGAGCUGCAUCCGGAGGAAACAAUGGCCAUCGGGAGAGGAAAGAAACCUGAACGUCCCUCACCUGAUGCAAAAAUAAUCGGUAGGGAAGAGGACAAAAUGAAGAUCAAGCAACUCUUGUUGAGUUCCUCCUCUAACAAGAGCGUGUCAUUUGUAGCCAUCGUUGGUAAAGGUGGUCUUGGGAAAACCGCACUUGCACGACUAGUGUACGACGAUGGGGAGGUAAAAGAACAUUUUGGGCUUAAGAUGUGGGUGUGUGUAUCUGAUGUCUUUGAUGUAAAUUCCCUUAUCAAAGAGCUACUUAAAAAAGCAAAUGUCGACUGUCAAGGCCGUCACGAUGAAGACUUGCCAAGUCUUCUUCGCGAGACUCUAGGGAGGAAGAAAUACUUGCUUGUUUUGGAUGAUUUGUGGAAUGAAGAUCGGCAUGAAUGGUUGAAGCUUGGAGAUUGGCUAGAGGGUGGUCAAUGGGGAAGCAAGAUACUUGUAACUACUCGCAGCCACGAAGUUGCGAAGGUCACGAAUGCGAGAUCUGUUAUCUAUGAUCUGCGCGGCUUAUCUGAAGAUGAGUCGUGGAACUUAUUCAAGAAAAAUGCUUUUGAAGAUGGGGAAGAAUCAUUAGACUCGGAACAGGAGAAGAUAGGUCGAGAUUUAGUUAAAAAAUGCGCCGGGGUUCCCCUUGCCGUUAGAACUAUUGGAAGCCUUCUCUACGGCAAAAAGAAAGAUGAAUGGCUCUGUUACGAGGGGCGUGAACUUCUAGAUAUACCAGAAAUUGCUGAGAAAGACGGUGGAAUAAUGGAAGUCCUCAAGUUCAGUUACGAUCAUCUCCCCUCACGCUUAAAACAUUGUUUUGCAUACUGCUCAUUGUUUCCGAAAAAUUAUGUCUACGAUAAAGAGAUGGUGAUACAUCUUUGGGUGGCAGAAGGCUUUAUUGAGUCACACAACGGGGAGGAUAACCUUGAAGAGGUCGCAGACAUGUACUUGUCAGAACUGCUGUGGAGGUCAUUCCUCGAUGUUGAAAGAAAAGGCAAGGAUGGCAAGGUCAUAGCUUUCAAGAUGCAUGAUCUCAUGCACGAUCUUGCCCAAAAAGUUGCUGAAGGUGAAUGCGAGAUUGUUAAUUUUGAAGGCAGACAUAAUGGUAGAGGAAUUCGACAUGCGUCAUUUACUUCAGAAUUUUUCUCGUAA